AUGCUUUCUGAAAUUAUAAAAAGAUGCGUUCAUCUUAGUCAGGGGUGUAUUAUCUAUACUAUUAUCGUGUCCGUUUGUGUUUACACGUCUAUUACGCUUUUCUGCCCAGGAUCCGUCCUUGAGAAUAUCUAUCUAUCUAUCUAUCUAUCUAUCUAUCUAUCUAUCUAUCUAUCACAGUCUGUUAAUAUCUAUCUAUCUCAUUUUUUAAUAUCUAUCUAUCUAUCUAUCUAUCUAUCUAUCUAUCUAUCUAUCUAUCUAUUUUUAUCUGUCCAAUCUAUUCCUAUUUAUCUAUUCCAGUUUAUUGCCAUCUAUCUAUCUAUCUAUCUAUCUAUCUAUCUAUCUAUCUAUCUAUCUAUUGUAUUCUGUUCAUAUCUAUCUAUCUAUCUAUCUAUCUAUCUAUCUAUCUAUCUGUUGUAUUCUGUUCAUAUCUAUCUAUCUAUCUAUCUGAGGGAAACUAAUAGAGAUUAUGCAGAAUUGAUUACUAUAUCAAUAUUGCUCCUAUCUAUCUAUCUAUCUAUCUAUCUAUCUAUCUAUCUAUCUAAUUAA